CAGGGAACCCGAGCACAGGCAUCGAGAGGGGGAAAAACUAUCUGAUUUUUCUCUCGUGACCGCCGACUCAACCCAGCCCACGCACGUCCCGCCCCGGGCCACGAUAAUCCCCAUCCACCUUCGUCUUGUGACCUUCCACAAAUCUCUCUCCCCUACAGCGCAUCACCCCCGAUCUCGGAUUCUCUCCAAUAGAUAUCCCUCGCAGCAUCGCCAUAAAUUCGCUCGAAAUCGUCUGCCUCUCCUUCCUCCCGACCCCUCCCAGUCCGUCAUCAUCCAACAUCAUCUCAUCACUGUUCCGUCAGUUCUUGUCUCUUAGAGUUUCCGGCAACCUCGACACCACCUUCCAAGUCUUCUCCGACCUACCUUCGCCCAUCUUCUAUACCCACGGCAUCCACAACCCUGUACAUACAUACAACCACCAACCACCAUCAUGUCUGCUCGAUUCACGUUCCGUCUUGUUCGAUCAGCGACCCCCUUGGUCACGGGCCGUAUAUCUUCCCCUUUGGCCCGAACUCUGCCUGGCGUCCACCGAGCCUUCAGCCAGUCCACCGUUCGCGCCCGAAGCGAUGUAGUUCGCGAGACUGAGAUCCCCGUGUCUGUCUAUUCGCCCGACUCCAAAGGGUCUGCCGGCUCCACGAGUGAUCACUUCAGCAUCCCCGUCAACCGUGACGAUGCUAAGCCCAAGCCGUUCCCUCCCCCGGAGGAGACCGAGGUUGUGCCCCUAAACAAGACUGUAUACCGUCAGAUGCCACCUACGUUGCAGAAGAUGACGGUGAUGGACAAGGUUGUCAUUGUUACUGGAGGUGCUCGUGGUCUCGGAAACCAUAUGGCUCGAGCUUGUGCUGAGGCAGGUGCUAAGGCGCUGGUGAUCUUCGACGCGAAUCAGGAACUGGGUGACGAGUCGGCUGCGGAAUUACACCAGAAGAGUGGCCUCCCUGUUUCGUUCUUCAAGGUGGAUGUUCGGGAUGGCGCCGCCAUUAACGCUGCGGUCGACGCCGUUGUCGAGACCUACGGCGCGCCUGAUGUGCUCAUCAACAGUGCUGGCAUCGCUGAUUCCAACAUCAAGGCCGAGACCUACGACCCCGCCAUGUUCCGUCGAUUGAUCGAUAUCAACCUGACUGGCUCGUUCCUGAUGAGCCAGGCGGUCGGACGUGCCAUGAUGGCCGCCGGCAAGCCCGGGUCCAUCGUUCUCGUCGCCAGCAUGAGCGGUAGCAUCGUCAACUACCCCCAGGAGCAGUCGUGCUACAAUGCGUCCAAGGCCGGCGUCAUCCAGUUCGGCAAGUCGCUUGCCGCCGAGUGGGCCAAGUACAACAUCCGUGUCAACUGUAUCUCCCCUGGAUACAUGGACACGGCCCUGAACCGCGUGCCUGCCCUCGAGGCGCAGAAAAAGAUCUGGAGGUCCUUGACCCCCCAGGCUCGUCUCGGAAACGUCGACGAGCUGAACGGUCUCUGCGUCUUCCUAGCUAGCGAUGCCAGCAGCUUCGUGACGGGCGCCAACGUCGCCAUCGACGGUGGCUACACGUGCUACUAGAGCGGUCAUGAACUGCUCGGGGUCCCGACACGGCGAUGCGUCCCAGAUAAGUAGUGCAG